AUAUGAAGCAUAGAAGCAGAUAAUGCCAAACUGUGAGCAGUAGGUGGUGCACAUUUAAUGAGUAGGGGGGCAACGUUUCCAUCUCCCACUGCUGCCGAGAUGGCGGGAUUUAGUCGCAUUCAGUAUGAAAUAGAAUACACCAAAGGUAUUAGUCAGCAAACGAGGGUUCCAGAAAAACUAAAGGUAGCACCCCCAAAUGCUGACCUGGAACAAGGCUUCCAAGAAGAUGCUCCAAAUGCUAGCGUGAUCAUGCAAGUUCCGGAGAGGAUUGUUGUGGCAGGAAAUAAUGAAGACAUUCCCUUCUCAAGACCCGCAGAUCUUGACUUUAUUCAGUCGACUCCCUUCAAACUGUUGGCACUAAAGACACCACCUCAUGUACUUACACUAAGUGAGAGACCUUUAGAUUUUCUGGAUUUAGAGAGACCUGCUCCAACACCUCAAAAUGAAGAACAGAUCCGUGCCAUUGGCAGGCUAAAAAGAGAGAGCACUCUGAGUGAAAAUGCUGUUCGCCAAAAUGGACAGCUGGCCAGAAAUGACUCCAUUGUGACACCGUCGCCACAGGUUCGGGUCUGUCCUCCCCAUAUGUUUCCUGAAGAUGGAGCUAAUCUUUCCUCUGCUUUUGGCAUUUUGUCACUUAUCCAGUCUUCUACUCGUAGGGCUUACCAGCAGAUCUUGGAUGUGCUGGAUGAAAAUCGCAGUGUGAGAAGACAAAAUGAAAUACGUUCUGAAAGACCUGUGCUGAGUGAUGGGUCUGCCCCUGCCACUUCUAAUCCUCAUCAUGACAACGUCAGGUAUGGCAUGUCAACUAUACAUACAACAAUCGAAGGGACUUUGGAAGACAUGACUGUUGUAGAUGCUGCUUCAUUAAGACGACAGAUAAUCAAACUGAAUAGACGUCUCCAGCUUCUGGAAGAGAACAAAGAGUGUGCAAAAAGAGAAAUGGUCCUGUAUUCAAUCACCAUGGCCUUCUGGCUGCUUAAUAGCUGGCUCUGGUUUCGCCGCUAG